AUGUUCAAUGGCCCCAUUCCAAGUAGUUUAAAGACUUGCACAAGUUUGGUUCGAAUUUCCCUUAGAAGGAACCAACUAACAGGAGAUAUAUCUCAACAAUUUGGUGUGUAUCCACAACUCAUACAGAUGGUCUUGGCCUCGAAUAGACUCUCUGGGCACAUCUCACCAAAUCUUAGUGCAUGUACCCAACUAACUAUACUACAUCUGGCACAAAAUAUGAUCACAGGUUCCAUACCUCCAAGCCUUUCUCAAUUGCCCAAACUAGUAGAUCUAAGACUUAAUUCUAAUCAUCUCAGCGGUGAGAUUCCACCAGAAAUCAGUACUUUAACUAAUCUGUAUAGCCUAAACUUAUCAUCAAACCAACUAUCUGGAUCUAUACCUACACAAAUAGAAAAGCUAGGCAAUCUAGGAUAUCUUGAUAUAUCUGGGAACAGAUUGAGUGGAUUGGUACCUGAAGAACUAGGGGCCUGCACAAAACUACAGUCCUUGAAGAUCAACAACAACAAAUUAAGUGGGAGUUUGCCUGAUGCGAUUGGAAAUUUAGCAAGCCUGCAGAUCACAUUAGAUGUGAGCAACAAUAACAUCAGUGGUGUGUUACCACAACAAAUCAGGAAGUUGGAGAUGCUAGAAUCUCUGAAUUUAUCACAUAAUUAG